AUGAGCCCGGAAAAGCUUCCUCGGGAAAGGGAUGAAGUUGACUGCGUCCUCCUUUCAGCGUCCAAGAUCCUAAACUCCUCUGAGGGGGCGAAGGAAGGCGGAGGCCGUGAGACAGAAUAUGGCUGUGUAGCCGAAUCAGAAAGUCAAGUCCAACCACAGUCGGCACUGAAGGCCCUUCAGCAUCAGCUGGAGUCGUUCCAGGCUCUCCGCAUGCAGACCCUGCAGAACGUCAGCAUGGUACAGUCUGAAAUCAGUGAAAUACUGAACAAAAGUAUUAUUGAAGUAGAAAACCCACAAUUUAGCUCAGAAAAAAGUCUAGUAUUCAACACACAUCAUGAAAAGCCUACAGAAAAUCAAGAAGAGAUCCUCCCUGUGGAGAAAAUUUAUCAUUUUGAGGACUCGAGGAUGCUCCCUUCAAGGGAAGAGAAAUUCCGUAGCGAUAAUGGCGACAGUCUCUCUCCAUGUGUAACUAUGCCACCCCCGAUGCAUUUCAAGGACAUAUUAGCUCUAAGAACUUCAAUGGAUAAUUCAGCCUCCAACACAAUUAUGAACACAUCAGAAAAUUCCGACAUGUUGAAGAAUUAUAACAUGUAUAGCUUUCUAGCUGAUGCACCUCAAAAUGUUAAGCCUCAAACUGACCCAGUAAUUCUGGGUAAUUCCAAAGUUGCUGUGCCUUUCCCCCAGCAGGGAUUUCAUGAGAAUUUAGAUGAUAUUUGCCAUUCUAUCAAGCAGAUGAAGAAAGAGCUUCAAACGUCACACGACAGGGAACUGGCACUCACAAAUGAACUUCAGACUUUGAAGAUGGAUACAGAUGUUCAAAGUAAUACUCCAUAUGACCUGUCCCCCAUUCACAAGGACAAAAGUAACUUUAUUAAGGGCGAAAAUAUUGAAAGUAACUUGAAUGAAGAUAUAAAAUCAAAGCGAAUUUUAGAAUUGGAGGCAUUAAUAAGCAAAUUACUCCCACUCAGGGAAUCAGUGUCAAAAUUCCAUCUGAAUUUUUGUAGAAAAUGUAAAAAACUGUCUAGGAGUGAAUCACAUAGGGGAAAGAGGAAUGAGAAAAACAAUAAAGAAAUUCCUAUCACUAACAAGAAUCCUGCAGAUUUAAAAUUCCAUUCCAGACUUCCAUUUACACCAUCAUUCUUUGAAUCAACAAAAUGUGAAAUGAACGAUAGAGAAAGGCAACCACUUGUAGUAAAACGAGGACCCAUCAUAUUUGAAAAUGAGAAAACAUCCAGAGUCAAUUCCAUGACUGAGCAGUGUGUUGCAAAAAUUCAGUACUUACAGAAUUACCUAAAGGAAUCUCUGCAGAUACAGAAAAAAGUAGCAGAGCUGGAGAAUGAAAAUCUAGCCCUUAAGACUAAAAUAAAACCCCUAGUCUUUACCACACAAUCUCUGAUACAGAAAAUUGAAAUAUAUGAAAAGCAACUUAAGGAUCUGGUUGAAGAAAAGAACACUAUUCAGUCCCAGUUAAUUAAAACUGAAGAAGAUGGCAAAGAAUGUAUUAAAGAAUUGAAAAAACUAAUUAGUCAAUAUAAUGUUCUCCAAGGACAAAAUAAAACCCUAGAGGAAAAAAAUAGUCAACUUUCUUUGGAGAAACAACAAAUGACAGAAACAUUAGAUAAACUGAAAAGUAAAGAGCAGAAAACUCAAAAUGAUAUUGCCAUGGUCAAUAAUGAAUAUAAUCGAAUGAGCAUAGAAAUGGAAUCAAUGAAAACAAAUAUUCUGUUGAUACAAGAUGAAAGGGAAAUGUUAGAGAAGAAAACCUACCAGCUCCUAACGGAAAAAAGCUCGCUUGAAAAUGAACUGAAAGAAAAUCAGCUAGAGAUGGUGCAGCUGAAAGAGAGAGAGAGAUUGGCAAAAUCUGAACAAGAGGCACUGCUUCAAAUCAUAGAAACGGUCAAUAAUGAAAAAGUUAGUCUUGCGACCACAUUACAAGAAUCUGCUGCUGCCAGGCAAAUGAUGGAAAGAGAAAUUGAGAACAUGCAAACAUACCACUCUACUACUGAAGAGAAUUUCCGGAACGAAAUAAAAAGUGCAAAAUCAGAAGCAAGUAUUUAUAAGAACAGUUUAUCCGAAAUGGGCAACGAGUGUGAGAGGUUAUCAAAAAUGGUCAUGGAAAUUAAAACAGAUAACCAGAUUCUAAAAGAAGAGCUAAAAAAACACAGCCAAGAAAAUAUAAAAUUUGAAAGCAGCAUCAGUCGGCUUGCAGAAGACAAAGUACUUUUAGAGAACUAUGUGAGGAGUAUUGAGAAUGAGCGGGACACGUUGGAGUUUGAGAUGCGGAACCUUCAGAGAGAAUACUUAACUCUAACUCAAAAAAUCUGCGGUCAGCAUGGUGACCUAUCAAAAAUGGGUUACCUGCCAAGAAGGGAGAAAUUCCAUUUUGACAACUGUGAUACUUACAGAGACACCACUGAUCCCAGGAAUCGGCCUGUAGCUCCUGAAUUGAAAGGAAUUCCAAGUAAACUGUAUCAAUUGCUUCCAUCCAAGAGAUGUAAAUAA